AUGGAUCCCGCGCACUCAAUCGGACUCCAGCGCACUACCGCCAUAGUCGUUAGCGACGAUGAACCCUUGACAUUUGACUACCCUACCCCGACAUACACCUAUACCGAUCUAACUACUGCUGACUAUUUCCGCCUACUGGAGCUCCUUCCUGGCAAGGGCUCGUCGGCCCUCCAAUGCAAUAUUCAGUCUUAUCGUCUCGAUGCAUUUACACUACCCCCAUACAGGGCGCUCUCCUACUCUGGCAUAGAGUCCCAGUACGAAAACUUGGUCGUGGCCGGCCAAAAAAUACUGAUUGAUUCCUCACUGAGGAAGUCAUACGAAUUCCGGCAUCCUCUCUUUUGCAAUAAUCAGACACUUCUGAUCACAACCAGCCUCCGGGAUGCCCUUCAGCGAAUCCGCCACGCAAGACUGCCGGUAAAGCUUUGGGUCGAUGCAAUCUGUAUCAACCAGGAAAAUGUCAUCGAGCGUUCGUCUCAUGCCAGGAUGAUCCCCCGCAUUUACCGGCGUGCUACAAACGUUAUAGCUUGGCUUGGUGAGGCCGAUGAAGAUAGCGACAAAGCCAUCACGACCGUUCAACGAAUGGUAGAAGAAAUUAAGCAUGGCAGAUCUUCGACUAACAUACUAUCGUCUGAGGACAUCAAAUCCUUUGUACGCUUUCUUAAGCGCCCGAUUUUUCGUCGCCUCUGGUGCGUGGUGGAAACAGUUGUCGCCAAAGAUGCAAGAAUCCUGUGCGGAUCGCUUCCAUCUCCCAACAUCUUAACCGGACCAUCUAUCUCCUAUGAAAGGUUAGGCUGGGUGUGUCAAGUCAUGAGAAGCCUUGUACCCCAGCACAUUGAUUCUCUCGAUGAGGCGAAGCGGUUGCUAUCAUUCUGCGAUCUCGCUAUGCAGGCUCGCCUUGGACUCAGUAUUAGGAAAGUGGAUCCGUAUCAACUAGCAUAUGAUCUCCGCGAAUAUGAGUCUACCGAUCCCUUGGAUAAAGUAUUCGCCUUCUAUGCACUCCCCCGAAUUGAUUGUCCCGUAUCGUUAGGGGAGGUCCCCGUCGCUGCUACUCAAGACGAGCUUGCGAGGUUGAGUACCUCGGACCCCCUACUUAUACGUAAGUUGACCAUCAACUGGGCUCAAACAAAAUGGGAGCAACAUGCAGGGUUUGGGCCCCUAUCUUCCGCGAGCACACGAAUAGAUGCUUUGGUGGAACACGUCAGUCACUACUAUAGGACUGCCAUUCGCUUGUUAGAGUGUGUACUCGAGAGCUGCACUGGUGGCUCUCAGGAAGAGAUAUCGGUCGUGUUCUCCAAGUUGUGGGAAGCAGUCGAUCGUCAACAAACAUCGAUUCGGCGCUUUUUGGACAAGGAUACAGAUGAGAUCGCCUCUUCAGACGAAUUGGUCAUAUUUCGUCGUAUCUCGACAGAUCUAGAAACUAGUCUAUGGCUGUAUGAAGACAUUUGUACUUCGCACGUCGACAGCAAAUAUGGCCCAGAAGAUGCGCCAUACCUUAGAAACAGGAUUGAAGCAUUUGAAGAGAUGCAAAAUUGUUUGAGCACUGCAGGUGACUCGUCAUCAUCUUUCGGAAGUAACGACUCUGAUGAGGAUCUUGACCAGGCGCCACAUAGCUUUGAUCCAUCUAGUGAAAUUUUGUCUUCUGGUAAAGGAGAAGCCACACAAAACACCGAAGAUGAAGCUCCUGCUAAAGAUAGUAUUUCCGAGACGGUUGGAGGGAAUCGUCAGGUUUCGACGAGCUCAGGAGAAGGUGCGGACGACAGAGGCGACAGCGGACCAAAAGAUAUCGAGAAUGACUCACGUCUGCAGCGAGAUGAAGGCCACGUGCCGGCCGAAAUAUUCCUUGCCGUCUCUAUGAUGGCCAAUGGUGUGGAACCACGCCACGCCAUCGGGCUGGAGUAUAUGGCCCCAAGGAUUGACGGUUGUGACUCGACAUGCGCACAAGAGGGUCACGAUCACGCUGUCGCCGAAAGCAGAUCACUAGCUAGCCCAGACUACAGCUUGUCCACAGCAGAAGCGUACCGCGCCUUUACAGUGCAAUGUUUGCUCCACGAUCAGAACCUUGACUUACUUUCUUCCGUCGACGCAUUCUGCCAAGGCGGCAGGGUAACCGGUCUACCUUCCUGGGUCCCUGACUAUUCAAUUAAAUUGGAUAAUCGUAUUGUGCCUUUGGUUAGCCCAGAAUACCAUGGCCGAAAUGUUUUUGGGGGUAUAAGAAAGGUACAACCUGAGAUAUUUUGGGAGGAGAGUGACCCUAAUACUUUGGAGCUGACUGGUCGCUUCUUCGACACCAUCUCUGCCGUUUCUACUCUCCGAUCAGAAAUACGAGGAUUCAAACAGCUCCACGAGGAGUGGAUGCGCAUGACGAGCCGGGAGAUAGGCGUGGAGCCCGCACAGUAUCUCCCACCGCAUGCGAAUGGAGAUGAUGAAGAGGCCUAUGAUAGGGUAUGGAAAGGCACCAUGGCCAUGCCCGACAGUUUGCCUAUUCCUCCGCCGGCACGCAUCAAGUCGUGGCGGCACAUGAUCCGUGACUUCAUGCAGUGGUUCCAUCAUUGGCACUCUCGACCAGAUGGGCUGAGCAAAGCCACUUGGCAGUGCUACUUUGCCUUUCUAGCUCUCCUCGCCGCCCAGCAGAGCAGUGCCACGACUGAACCCGCAUUGAAACGGGCCCUUGAAGAGGGAGGCAUCGUUCCAGGAGUCACAAUUAUGGAGGACAAUGAGGGCUUCUUCGAAGCAGUCCAGUCCCUCGCUGUGGGUCGAAGACUGGCUGUCACAAAAGCUGGAGGGGUAACCUGGGUCCCGGAGACAACUCAGGUUGGCGACAUGAUAUGCGUGAUGAAGGGGGCCAAGGUACCUUUUGUUAUUCGCAAGGUCAGCGGCACGGAGAGCUCUUUUCAGUUUAUUGGUGAAUGCUUCUGCCACGAGUUGGCCUACCUAGGAAUGGGCGAUGACAGCACAGAUUGGACAACCAUUUGUCUAAUUUGA